AAAAAUUAAAUCUUGGUCUUAAAAAACAUUCAGCAGCAAUUCAAGCAGAAAAAACUCAAGCAAUUUUUAAAUGGAUUAUUUUAUCUCUUAAACUAUUUAAAGUAGUAGAAGAAAAGGCUUUUUAUAAUAUGGUUCAAAAAUUAGAUCCAUUUUAUCAAAUUCCUACUCGUAAAACAAUUCAUAAUUUAGUUAUUAAUCAAUUUAAUCAACAAAGAAAUUUGAUAAAAGAUUAUUUUAGUAAAAUUUCAAAUAAUGUUGCUCUUAUAGCUAAUUUUUGGACUUCUUUAAAAAUGAAAAAUUUUAUAGCUAUUACUAUUCAUUUUAUUGAUAACAAUUGGAAAUUACAACAUUUUGUAUUAGAUAUAUUUCAGUUUAAAGGUUCUCAUACUGGACAACUUAUUGCUGAUAAAAUAUAUAAUCUACUUGAAGAAUUUCAAAUUGAAACUAAAAUUAUUGGAUUAACAACUGAUAAUGCAGCCAAUAUGAUUUUUGCUGCAAAUUAUUUACAAGAUAAGUUAAUUUUAAAUAAUUUUUGUCAUUAUAGAUGUAUAGCCCAUAUACUUAAUUUAGUAGUUUCUGCUGGUUUAAAUCUUUUAGACAAUUCAAUUAAAAAAUUAGGAAAAUUAAUUAAAAUUAUUUGUAAAUCAACUAAAUUUCUUGAAGAUUUAGAAAAUCUUGCAACUUUAGAUAAAAAAUCUUUUUUAAUUCCAAUUUUAGAUU